CCUACGCGCGGCGCGAGCGGGCGGUGUGGCGCGCACACAUCCCGCACGUAGCCGGCGUCGUUCGCAGCGCGGGGUCGUCUGCCCACUCGGACGACAGGUCAAGCGUAGGCUGCCGGGCGCGGCUCCUGCAGCGCCUCAGUGGGUCCCGCACGCUGCUUGGAACGGAGCAUCAGCAGCGCCGGGCUUGGGCAGCACCGCCGUCCCUGAAGCGCUGGGCUGCGGACCGCAGUGCAGCCCAGCCCGUCUCGGCGAAAGUUUUGCCUCGCCUCGUCUGGCCCCGCGCCGCGGCGGAGCCCUUGCCCGGCUCGGUCUGGAGCCGGCAGCGGCCCGGCAAGCAUCACCUCCCGACGCGGGCGCCGGCAGGGUAGCAGCACUCCUGUCCCCCACGCGCCAUGCCACUGGGGCACAUCAUGAGGCUCGACCUGGAGAGACUCGCUCUGGAGUACGUCGUGCCCUGCUUACAUGACAUCGGCUUCUGUUACCUGGACAACUUUCUGGGAGAGGUGGUGGGAGACUGCGUGCUGGAGCGGGUGAAGAGGAUGCACCGCGACGGGGAACUGGCCGACGGGCAGCUGGCCGGCCCCAGCAGCGGCGUCGCCAAGCGGCAUCUCCGUGGCGACCAGAUCAAGUGGAUUGGGGGUACUGAGGAGGGCUGCGAGGCCAUCAACUUUCUCCUCACUCUGAUAGACCGACUGGUGAUGUACUGCGGUAGCCGGCUCGGCAAGUACUACGUGAAAGAGCGAUCCAAGGCUAUGGUGGCUUGCUACCCUGGAAAUGGAACUGGGUAUGUUCGUCAUGUGGACAAUCCAAACGGCGAUGGGCGCUGCAUCACCUGUAUUUAUUACCUGAAUAAGAACUGGGACUCCAAGCUGCAUGGUGGCAUUCUUCGGAUAUUCCCAGAAGGGAAGUCCUACGUAGCAGAUGUUGAGCCGAUUUUUGACCGGUUACUAUUUUUUUGGUCAGAUCGAAGGAAUCCACAUGAAGUUCAGCCUUCUUAUGCAACCAGAUAUGCCAUGACUGUGUGGUAUUUUGACGCUGAAGAAAGAGCAGAAGCAAAAAAAAAGUUCAGGAACUUAACCGAUGCAAGGAAGAGAGAAGCACCUCAUAAUGAAGACUGAUUGACUGUUUCUGAACUCUUUGUGAGGAAAUAAGAUCCCAAAGAUGACCUCUAUUUCCAGCAAACAAGGGCAAUUUUUUGUUAUGCACAAGAACACACUGGUUGUGUCCAACGUGUGCAUCUUAUAUUGAUGGUACUUAAAUGAAUCUUCUGUUAUGCCUACAUCUGGCAGAAGGGACACUUGUUUUCUAUUUGUCUUUUGCUGGAAACAGUAACCAGGGUUAAAAGGAAAAAAAAAAAGGAAAAGGACAAAAAAGAGUAUCACUAAACCUAGUGGCAGAGGCUUUUGGUUGCUCUUGUAACCAAGAUAAUGAUCAUUGGAAGUAGUGGUAAAAAUCUGAGUCUUAUUUGCACUUUAAUGGGGGUAGGGAACGGAAUAUAGUUCGGUGGGAAGGAGUUUUACAAGUUUAAAAUCUGUGGCAGACUGCUACCAGGCAAGGAGAGAUAUUGGAAAUGUGAAAUUAAACUGUAUUUUUCUAGAGGGUCAUCCUGUGCUCUGUCCCAUAUACUGCUCAUCACUUUGCUGUGCAGAGCAGCAGCUCAGCCCUUGGGCAGCAUGACUUUCCAAACAGAUUUUUAUCUACACAGCCAUCACAUUUCCUGGAUUUCGUUUGCUUGUCAAGAUUAAAAUUCUAGCUAGGUGGUUGCACUGCCCUUUCUGUCCCAGGGCUGAAGGGUUCGUAGUUAUGCAUCUGUCCAUGACUUUGUAAAGCAGUUUCCUGUCUGUUCCAAGUGGGAGCGGUUGUACCUUUUCUGUCUUCAUGGUGUGGUAAAGCAGCUGUUUUCUCCCAGUGGCCCACAAUGCAUUGGCACUAAAGGCCAAUGAUACAUAGAAUUGUGAUUUUUGUGGCUUCUCCAUCUACCAUAUUUAAUAUGUCACAGAUAUGAGUUUGAAAGGAAAGGCUAAUAUCUGGAAGUCUUGACAAAUGUAUGGGUAACUUAGACUUGAUUUCUGUGCUGCUUAUCCUUAGUCAACACAUUUGUUUAACUUUGCAUGCCUCUGUAAUUGGAAUGAAACAGUGAUUCUGUUUCAGCUGAUCUGCUAUGCCAGGUAACUACUUGUGCUGUGCCCAAGCCGUGACAUCAGUUAUUCAAACAGAAAAGCACAUUAUAAUUAUUUUUUUCCUCUCCAUUGUUUAUUUUGUUUCAAACUUACUAGACUCAAUGAGUAACUGGUGAGCCAUCUCCAGUCUGCCUAAGCUUCUAUAGCCAGCACUUACUAUGCAGUUCAGAAUAGCUCUUGAUGAAGCUGGGAGCUGGCAGUGGAUGUAUUUAUCAAUCACACUAAUUGUUCUUAACCUAAUACACUCACUUGCAUUCAUUUUUGUCUUGUGUUGUCAGCGUGUGUGUCAGACCCUGCCAAAUGUUCCAGAUAGGUGCCCUCUUCGUCUCAUGUUUUCCUGUGCCACCUUGCCUGCACUGGUGAAGGUGGUCUGUCUGAAACACUGGCCCCUGCACCAGUUCACCACGCUGUUCUGGAACUGCAGCCCAGUUCUGUUGCGUGGUGAGCUAGGGAAUGGAACAGUUUGCAUGCAAUGGCAACUGCUAAACAUCAGUUACAGAAGGAUAACAGCUGGAUAGGACCAAAAAGAAAUAACUUGAGUGAUAUAAAAAAAAAUAGCAAUGGAGGUUUGUUUUUUUUUAAGUAGCUCUGUCUCUUUAGACAAAAAAAGACAACCAAAACAAACAAACAAACAAAAAAAACAACCCUGGACAUCCUUCAGCUUGUCCUUGAAUUCUGAAUGUAAAUACAUUAGUGCUAAGAAACCCCUCAUCCUCUCUGGCUUCUCCCAGAGAUCCGUCUAUGGUCUUAGGUGCUGGACUUUUUUCAGCCUGACCACUGUGCACCUUAAGAGAGGAAUAUGAGGGAAAGUGUGUGGGAAAUAGUCUUAUAACUCAAGACUAAAAAAAGACAAAUAAUGUCAUAAAUGUCCUUUAAUGUCAGGAAAAACAUUAUUCCACUAUGGUUGCUUCUAAGUGGCACAGCGUAGGGCUUAAAGGAAACUUAAUGAUAACUUGGAAUUCUCUUUCUGCAAUGUUCAUGUGGAAGGAGAAAGAAUUAGGGCUUGCCCCUGAGAGUGAAAGGUAUCCCUUUGGAAAAUGAGUGAUGUUGGAAAAGGACUGCCACAGGAUUAUUACUUAAAGUCAAGGGGAGUAGAACCCAGCCUGUUGUAUUGCUGGGCAAAGUUGAUCAUGGCACGUAAUUUUGCAACUCCUACAUGACUUUAAAGGAGGAAAAGACAGAUAAAACAGAGCAGAGCAAGCCUUGCUUAGCCUUUAGAAACUGUAACCUUAAAAAAAUGCACUAGAAAGAGAUGUUAGUACACAUCUCACUGGAGCCUAGAACAGUAUAGAAACAGUGGGGUGGGAAGGGGAGAGGCUUUGUAUAAAGGUUCAAACAGAAAGGUUGCCUCUGUUGCUACCACCUGGUUUCAGCAGGGGUCAGCAGAACGUGUGGUGGAUGAAGCAUGGAGCAGUAUAGAUGCAUUUCUUGUAAAUAAAGUAAGCACUUAGAGUUUUAGCCAACAUCUUUGUGAUCCCAGAUAGGAGAGAGCAAUUAUUCUGUGGCAGAUGUAAUUGUUUUUUCUUUAUUAACACAUAUAAUUAAGUUCAAAAAAGUUGAGGACACAGGAUUUUGAAACCAAUUCUCAGUCCUGUGUUGCAGACCUUUGCCCCAUUUCCAGAUCAGUGGGAUGAUCUCCUUGGAAGAUGCUGCCGUUUAAUUGAGUGGAGUGUGUUAGUCAUGUAGGAAUCCACAGGCUUGUUGUUUUCUAUGCAGAUUUCUCUUGCUUGUCUCUGAAAUUGUUGCAAAAUGCUCUGCAAGAAUGCAGUCGUCUGAAGAACUGCGGGGGGGAGCAGGCUGCUGCAGUAGGGAGGGCAUUUCAAGGAGGCUCUUUCCUUGUGCUUUGUCUUCACAACAAACUGAAACACGUAUGGCUACACAGCACUUGCAACCCAGUAGUGAAAAAGAGUGUUUUUUCCUAAGGCAUUUUAUUUCUAGUCCUCCAGAAACUGGUUUUGGUUUUAGUUCUGUGUUUGGUUGGGUUAUAACCUUUAGGUAAUGUGCCUUCAUCACAUGUAUCUGUGAAGAUGUUACAUGCCACCUAUGUGUGCCAUGCUAGUUUUUCAUGGCUCUUUAAUUAAUAUGGUUGCCUUUUCCGUGUGCAACUGCAUUAAAAACAUGCAAAGCCACUGAAGCCAGUUUUAAACAGGUGGUUUUAAUUGUGCAGGGAGGUUGAAGGCCAAGAGAGAGAGACUACUUUUUAUUCUUAAACCUGUAACCACUGGCCUUUUGUGCAAAACAGCCUUUAAUAAAUCUUGUUUUCUCUAGAUUUCUUCUGGUUUUAUGAAGAGCAACCUCUGUAGAAUAGUGUCUAAAAACAUCCAAUCUUCCCCCCCCCCUUCCUUGGCUUUAAACAGUUUUAUUCCUUUCCUAUUGAGUUUUUAAAAAAUGUUGGAGUAUAUUAUGUGUAAUUAUUUGUUGUUGCAAAGUAGCUGGCUCUAACACCCCUUGCAAAUAGCUGUUUGCAGGCAAGUAACUAGUUCUACUUGGACUGUGGUGUACUCCCAGCAGAUAUCUGAGAGUGAGUUAUAACUACAUCUUCUCUUGUCAGGUUGUAUGCUGGUCAGCAAUCCUGGCAUUUUGCAUUGGAUUGAUAGACAAACCCCUAGUAGUAUUUUGCCAUACAUCACAUUUUGUGUUCUUUUUACUAUUGAAAAGAAAAAAAAAUCCCAAACCUGUUGUGGCAGGAGUCAAUAAACACUGGGUCAUGUUCAA